AUGGAAACAACUUAUGCCUAUCCUUUAGGCGUUGAUCCAGUCAUCUACAACCUGCCCGACGAUGGCACCGCCAAUACGAGCAACCUUCGCCCAACACAGAUUAGAGGCCGCAUUUUUGUGCCCCAGAGCCUGGGCAGAGAUGGCUCGACUCCAAUAAUUGUCCUUUUCCCCGGUAGGCAUGCUGAUUGUCGGCACUUCAUAAGUGUCCCAGACUUCGGGCCAUAUCCCAUGGACAACGAAUUUGUCGACAAUGAAGGAAACUGCCCAGAAGGCUCCACGAUUGUGGAAAGCUAUCGCGGAUUCGACUAUCUUGGCCGGUCGCUUGUUGCUGAUGGUUAUAUUGUCCUUUCGAUGGAUCCGCUAAUGCUCAAUAGAAACCAGGAAGUUGCGGAGGACGCGUACUUGAUCAGAGCCCGGGCUCGGCUGCUCUUGCGUACUCUGGAGAAGCUGGAACUCUGGAAUAAAAGCCCGGACGAGAGCAAAAGGAUACUCGGUAGAGAUAUUUCUGGGUCUGUUAAUACAACAGCCAUUGGUUUGAUGGGGCAUUCACGUGGUGGCGCUGCCGUCCGGGUAGCUGCCAACUUAAUUAUGACACCAGGGUUACUAGGGUUUAAGGAAAGAAUUAGCUGGUCUUCGAAGCUAGAUUCCAGAAUAAUGGCUGUUUGGGAAGUGUCUCCUUUUGAUGGGCCUGAAGGGGGGGAGAGUGUGGCUGUUGUCGGACCAGCGUGGGGUCUCCUCGCAUCGGGCUGCGAGGAUGACUUAGUCAACUUUGCGUACUUGAGCCUCUAUCGGCGGCAAUCGCGUCUCAAUGGUGCGCCAAACUACUUUGUAACCGCAUAUGGUGCGAAUCACAACUUUUUCAAUACCGAGUGGUCGAAGGUUACAUAUGACCCCUUUGCACCUACAUUUCAAUACCCUCUGGGAAAGGGACAAAGCAUAGAUGUCCCGCUUGUGAUGCAAUCCAGUUCCCAGCAGGGGUUGCUAGAACGGACACUCUCUACAUUUAUGAAUGCCCACCUUGGUGGUAGGACUAAAAUAUCGUUUGCAAGCGAAUUGAUAUCAACGGCAAAGAACUCCCCUCACGGCGUAGUGUCGAAUGUCGAGAUCGGGUUAUCGAAUCCCAAUCUGGCAUCUUCAAGAAUCCUACAGUCGUUCGCCAGUACUAGCGGUAUUGUGAUUUCUCCGACAAGUGACCAAUACGUUUGCUCCUUCAUGGAUCACGCUAAGAACCAAUUUCCUUCCUUCAAAGAAGACGUAAAGAAGUUCGGUUUGCCGCGUAACCUUGCUACCACGAAAAUAGCAACACCGCUGCAGCUGGUCACCGAUGCAGAUUACGAUGACGGCGUUGUAGUGGGCCUGCCUCUGGCGAACUUGUCCUCUAUAUUCGUUCCCUUUGACAAUACCAUCCGUCCAGUGACCAGCACCGACAACUGCGAAAUUCAGAUUGACAUUGCUCGAAGAGACCCAUGUGUUCAUGCUGCUUCUGGAGUAGCUAAUGACUGUGGCGGGCCGCAGACGCUCAAUGUCCAAGUCUAUGCCGGCAAUACAAUGUCAAACACGGUCUCAUUGAAAUCCCGGUAUAGCGUUGAGUUUGCUCCAUACGAUAUGCUGUCGGCAGACUACAGUGUAUCUGACAUGGCGCUCCUGCGGGUUGUGUGGGAAACCGUGUCACUGAAAUGCCCAAAGCAAAAUGACGGAGCCGGUCUUAAUAUAACAGUCACGGUUCCACCGGGUGAAAGAGCUCUACCGAGGACGAAGGCGUCAUUUUUGUACCUGGGAACAGUCCGCCAAGUCAUUGGAAGAAGUGUCAGAUUGCAUCGUGCGGGUGAUGAAUAA